CUAUAAUGCGACACGGUGAAUACCGACUAGUAGGAGGAGGAGUAGCAGAGGAGGCCGCUGCCCUAAGGUAGGGGAGAGGGGAUAACAACGUAGGUAGACACAGGCAUAAAGACGACUAUAGACACAAACACAUACAGAGAGAGACACGAGAUCCAAGUCCCUUGUCUUAGGCUUAGGGGCGAAGACAGAGAGGCUCUGUGGCUCUACACAGUAAUGAGAGCAGAAAGUGGAAGGGCGGUUGAGCCAGUGUGGUUGAAAGCAGUUGGUGAGGGCCUUCAAGGGGACAGAAGAGGGGAGGGGAAGGGCAGUCAACCAACCUGUGUGCUCCUACGGCAGAUGACCACGACCGCCCAAGCAAAAUGCUGUGUCCAUGGUAUUAGGGGAAGGAUGGAUCCAACUUCAAAACGUCAAGCGUCAGAGUGUGUAGGUGGGAGGGAAGGUUUGCUACUGUGUGUCCACUACUCUUCACUGUGUAGUCUGAGGACGAAGAGGGAAAUUCUCUCCUUGCCCGAUCGCUGGCUCACCCACACUCACACUCACACCCACCAAAGUGACCGAACCACGACCACAUGCAACCAACUCGGCCUACCAACCAACCGAGCCAGGCCCAGCCCAACCCAACCAUCUCUCUACCGUCUACCCUACCGUCGACCUCGACGCGGGUACCCAAUGAUCUACCGCCUAAACCCAACUCACUCACCAAAACAGUAGGACGCGACUGCUGAGGAAAACAAUACUGACUGACAGACAGACAGGCAGACCAAAACAAUAACACAACGAGGCCACGCGCACGCGCACAACCUGACCUGAUCUGAUCUGCCUCGCCCGGCCUGCCCUGCCCUGCCCUGCCCUGCCCUGCCCUGCCCUGCCUGCCCUCCUUCCCUCCCUCCCCUGGCAUAACCGCCGACAGCCCGCCGCCGCCCACUUACGUACUCACCCACUUUGGCUCGCUGCCUCUCCUCUGCCUCUCCCUCCUCCCCGUCUCCCCCUCGUC